UAUAAUUAAAGUGUUUUCAAUAAACGCUACAAAGAUAAUUGAUAAUGCCGCAAAGUAUAACUAUUAACGGCGACUGCUAUGAAGUUAAUCUGUCCAGCCUGGCCGCAGACAUCAGUCUGAACACGUUUAUCCGAGAACAUGCCGGUCUCACGGCCACCAAGUUCAUGUGCCAGGAAGGUGGCUGCGGUGUCUGCGUUUGUGCCCUGAGCGGUGUUCAUCCGGUGACCGGGGAGCUGUGCACCUGGGCGGUCAACUCUUGCCUGACGCUGCUGAACACCUGCCUGGGCCUGCAUGUGACCACCUCCGAGGGCCUGGGCAACAAGCGCAAGGGCUACCAUGCCAUACAGCAGCGCCUGGCCAAAAUGAACGGCACCCAGUGUGGCUACUGCUCGCCAGGAUUCGUCAUGAAUAUGUACGCGCUGCUGCAGUCCCAGGGCGGACGGGUGACCAUGGCCGAGGUGGAGAAUGCCUUCGGCGGCAACAUUUGCCGCUGCACCGGCUACCGGCCCAUACUGGAUGCAAUGAAGUCCUUCGCCGUGGACAGCAACAUAGCCGUGCCAGCGGAGUGUGCUGACAUCGAGGACCUGAGCAGCAAGCAGUGCCCCAAGACGGGCGAGCUCUGCGCUGGCACCUGCAAGAAGAGCCAGCCACGAGCUGUGCAGCACUACGCUGACGGCAGUCGCUGGUCCUGGCCACAGACUCUAUCCGAGCUGUUCGAGGCACUGGCCGCG